AUGAAUGAUUUUAAGACAUUGAGGGAAAAAAUUGUAAUGGAACAUAAAGAAGGUUUGAGUAGGAGGUAUUUCAAUGCAACAGGUGAAAAACCAAGUGAUGAAGUGAUAUAUAAGAUGAUUAAAGAAGGUGGACAGGUUGAGAUUUUCGCAGGGAAAGCAGAAAUAGAUUUGGAAAAUAUAGAGAGGCAGAAAGCUGUCAAAGGGAUACAGAGAAGUUUAUUGGAGUUGCACCAAGUUUUUCUUGAUAUGGCAGUUUUGGUUGACGGACAAGGGAAGCAGAUGGACAAUAUCAAAAUGAAUGUUGCGCGUGGUUGA